GAAAAACGAGGUGCCCUGAACGCCUCAUUGUUUUACGAAACCACGUUACGACAACAUCCUGGCUGACACCGGUCCAGUGAGCCUGUGCCUUCUUACGAAUGUCCAGUUGGGUCUGAAGAUUCCUGAUGCAGGGUCAUGGCCCUGAAGCUGAUCCACAGAUUACCGCUGCUCAGGCAGGUCGGGAUUCACCGUUACCCCCCUGUUGGACCUGUGUGCAUCUCAAGGCUGCUGAGUACCAGCAGUAAAGCCCAGACCUUAUGGGUAGGCUACGUGUUUACCCCAGCCAGCGGCUGCAUCCCGAGACAGGGCUACAAGAAGCUCCAGUCAGACUACGGGAAAAGACACCUGACCACCAUCGUUAAGGAGCCAUCCUUCUUUGCCAGCAGUUCUGUUGGACUCCACAAAGAUUCAUCCCCUCGGUUCCGUCUGACCAGGCUACACAAACCCACAGUUGUAGAGGACCAAGCUUUCCAGCAGAGUCUCAAAAGCUGCUCCGCUUCCCGGCAGGUCUUCAAACUGCUGCGCACAGUGGAGAUAAUGUCUGACACCAUGGCAGCAGCAGCACUUCACCGUGUGGCUGACCUGGAGCAGGAAGGUGACUGCCUGAAGGACCCUACAGUGCUGGAGAAUGACACCAUCAGAGCCCUGUGCUUCCAGCUGGAGCAGGACUCUGGGUGGCUGUCGGAUGCUGGGAUAGUAUCCACACUGUUGGCUUGCACUCGCCUCUUCUUGGAUCCUUGGAGCACACUGAUGGUGCGGCUGGUGUCUGAGAGCCAGGAGAGGCUGGACAGGGGGCAGAUGAGUGUAGAGCAGCUGUGUAAUCUGGGCCAGGCGAUGCUGGCUAUAGGGGGUUCAAGCUGUGUGAUGCUGGAGCAGGUUAUGAAGCAAAUUCAGAAGCUGAAGCCUGCCGAAUGGAGCCUUGAAGAUCUCAUUGCAGCUUAUAUAUUUAUGCAAGGUGGCGUGGGUAAGGAUGGAAAAUACCGUCACCUGCUGAACGCAAUGCACACCCAUGCCAUGAAAGAGACCUAUCGCAUGGACCCUCCUGCUGUCAGCGGGCUGCUUAGUGCUCUUGUGUCUCUGAACCAGACGCAGGCCAUGCCUCUUGUCAUUAAUCUAUGCAAGCAGUCCGUACGCCAUGUACCCCACUUUACAGACGAUGAGCUCAAUGCUGUGCUUGGGGCCCUAAUGUACUUUGGUCACAGCGAUUAUUACUUUGUGGAGGCAAUGGAGAGGCAUGCUCCCCAAAUGGCCUUCACGUCCCACCCUGAGACAGUAACCAAGGUGAUGCAGUUCUUUGGCCGGAGAAACAUCCUGUCCGAGACUGUGUUCGAUGCCAUUGCAGAGAGCUUUGUGUACCGAGCGGACGACUACAGCACUAGCCAGGUGACCAGGCAGAUCAUGGCUCUCGGAAAACUCGGCUACCUUCCUCCCAAUGCUGGAGAUGUAUUCAGGAAAGUGGAAACCAUCCUGCGUACACGCUUUUCGCAAUUUCAGCCCCGAACGCUGCUCAACCUGCUCCACUCAUGCACCCUGGUGGAGAGGUUCCCUGUUAAUUUUGUCCCAAAGGUUUUCAGCAGUUUCUUUCUUCAGGAACUGCAAGAGCAGAACACGGGACUGGACCGGAUCGCCAUGGCACAGCUGACCCAGCUCUACAUGACUUUGAAGCUGGAGUGUCCUUACUACAAGGGUCCCAGGCUCCAUCCCAACUACCGUGUCAAGUCUUUUCUCACAUCUGGACGCUCUCUGGAAACGCAGGUGGACGUACACCUGUACAACUCUGUGAAAAACGGACUGGUGGAUUUGCUCGGCGCUCGGACAUACUUUGGAUCUAAAGUUUUGACGCCGUACUGCUACACCCUGGAUGUGGAGAUAAAACUUGAUGAAGAGGGCUAUGUGCUGCCUGCCAGUCACAAUGACGACGUCUACAAAAGGAUAGCUCUUUGUAUUGACGGACAAAAGAGGUUUGCUACAAACAAGAGGCAACUACUUGGAAAAGAGGCUAUCAAGCAGAGGCACCUGAGGCUUCUGGGAUAUGAAGUUGUUCAGGUUCCUUACUAUGAGUUUCAAGAACUGCGAAACAAGACCAGUGCCAUGGAGUAUCUGCACCAAAAAAUCUUCCCUCACACGUACAGGCUGAGCUGGUGAUGAUGCUACUCAGUAUGCUAUGAAUGUGACAUCAGGGUGUCAUCAGGUUUUUUUUUGCCCUUUCUUGCCUAAAGGAAUUUGUAUUUAUUUUUCCAAAAUAAAUGUAUAUAAAAAAUCCUGUGUUUUCAUUAUGCACUUUCACAAAUGUAAUUUAACAAUAAAAAGGACUUGUAUAAA